GGAAGAAAAAAAUUGUUCAAAGUUCGAGCACAAACAGAGCGGAACCGACGUGGAGAUCGGUAUGGUUUUUGAAACAAGACUGAAACGCUUUUCGAAUGCAGGGACGUGUUAUUGGGAGAAACAGCGCAGCAACGAUCCGGUGGGUCCCUCGGCAUGGGGCAAAUAAUCCCACGAAACGGUUAAAAAUAUCGUGUUGUCAUUUCCCAGAAUCCAUAUAUACAAGAAAUUUUAGUACUACACUUAACGCCUGUUCGACUUGACCGAAGUGUACUUGUCACUGGAAGUAUUAGGAAAAAAAGACUACAUGCUCAGGAUUCCUUAAUUGGCUUUGUCGAAGAUAUUGGAAGAUGCUGAAUUUUCUUAUUCGAAAUUUACAAAGCAACGAUGGAACGCAGGAGAAAGGUGACAGAAUGGCUGUCACUAACUUAGCUACUGCAGACGAAUAUAAUUCAUACAUCAAGUCUCCGGAUCUGACUGUUAUCCACUUCUAUGCACCAUGGGCUGAUCAAUGCACCCAGAUGAAUGAAGUUUUAGAAGAGAUGACAAAGGUAGCAGAGUACAAAGGUGUAAGAUUUGGAAAGAUUGCUGCUGAGGAUGUACCAGAAAUUUCAUUGGCCUUCAAUAUAUCUGCCGUUCCAACAGUUCUUCUAAUCAGGAAUUCCAAAGUACUUGAUAGAGUGGAUGGUGCCAAUCCAAGUGUCUUAGCACAGAAGCUCAAGCAUCAGCUAACUGCUAAGGACUCUGUACCUAUUGACAUCCCUAAGCCUAAGGAAAAUAUUGAGAUCAGAUUGAAGAGACUAAUAAAUCAAGCACCAUGUAUGCUAUUCAUGAAAGGCAACCCAGCAACUCCACGUUGUGGCUUCUCUAGAACAAUUGUCUCUAUAUUGGAUUCUUAUAAGGCUGAUUAUCAAACAUUUGAUAUUUUGCAAGACAAUGAUGUAAGAGAAGGGUUGAAGAAAUUCAGUAACUGGCCCACUUAUCCUCAAUUGUACCUCAAUGGAGAACUCGUUGGAGGAUUAGACAUUAUCAAGGAAAUGAGUGAAGCUGGUGAACUUGAAGACAUGCUACCUAAGAAGGCUAGUGUAGACGAAAGAAUCCAGGAAGUCAUCAACAAGGGUAAAAUAGUGAUUAUUAUGAAAGGCACAAAAACCAAUCCAAAAUGUGUUUACACAGAACAGAUCAUGGAAAUAUUUGAUUCUUUGAACAUUGAUUAUGAAACUUUUGACAUUCUCACGGAUGAAGAAUUACGAAUUGCUUUAAAGUCUUACGCAGAUUGGCCAACCUACCCUCAAGUUUAUAUAAAUGGUGAUUUUGUCGGUGGUUUUGAAACAAUCAAGGAUCUCAACGACAGUCGCGAAUUAAUAUAUACAUUUAAUAUAGAAUCCUGA